AUGACAAGUAAAAUUUUGUAUCAUUUACAUUCAGGAUGGCAUGUAGAUCAAGCAAUUGUAACUGAACAUGAGAAACUGGUAGUCAUCAGAUUUGGCAAUGACAACUCAAGAGAAGCUAUGCUAAUGGAUGAUUUAUUAUUAUCUGUUAGUGAAAAAGUUUCCAAUUUUGUCACUAUUUACUUGGUAGACAUUGAAGAAGUCCCUGAUUUCAAUGAAAUGUAUGAAUUAACUGAUCCAAUGUGUUUGAUGUUUUUCUAUCAAAAUAAACAUAUGAUGUGUGAUUUUGGGACUGGUAAUAAUAAUAAACUAAACUUUUUAAUUGAUGAUAAACAAGAACUUAUAGAUAUAUUUGAAGUGAUAUUUAGAGGCGCUAGGAAGAAUAAAGGUUUAGUGGUCUCUCCUUAUGAUUACAGUGAUCAGAGAGUAGAUUGA